AUGACGGAGAAGGCCUGCCUCACCGGUCAUAGUGAUUGGAUUUCCAGCGUGGUAAUCAGCAAAGACGGGAAGACAGCAGUCAGCGGGAGCUGGGAUAAGACAGUGAGAGUGUGGGACCUUGAGGAGAUGACGGAGAAGGCCUGUCUCACCGGGCAUAGCGAACAGGUAAAGAGUGUUUCUAUCAGUCAGGACGGGAAGACAGCAGUCAGCGGGAGCUGGGACAAGACAGUGAGGGUGUGGGACCUUGAGAGGAUCAAGCAUGGGCCGGCUACUCUAUCCGGUCACAGUUCGGGGGUAUUAAGUGUGGAGAUCAUAGAGAACGGGAAGAUGGCUGUCAGCGGCAGUGCCGAUGGCACACUGAGGGUGUGGGACCUUGAGGAGAUGACGGAGAAGGCCUGCCUCACCGGUCAUAGUGAUUGGAUUUCCAGCGUGGUAAUCAGCAAAGACGGGAAGAUGGCAGUGAGCGGGAGUAUGGAUAAGACAGUGAGAGUGUGGGACCUUGAGAGGUUCAGGGAGAAGGCCUGUCUCACUGGUCAUCUUAGUACGAUACUAAGUGUUUCUAUCAGUCAGGACGGGAAGACAGCAGUCAGCGGGAGCUGGGACAAGACGGGACCUUGA